AUGACCUCAGAAAAGGACCCUUUGGUCAGCGAAAGGUCCGGAACAGUACGUGAAGUAGGAAAUAAUGCUAUUUGGAGUCUAUCCUCCUGCAAACCUGGUUUUGGUAUUGAUCAACUAAGAGAUGAUUGCAUGGACACCUAUUGGCAAUCUGAUGGUCAAUUGCCACAUUUAGUAAAUAUUCAAUUUCAACGGAAAACCAUGGUAUCACAUAUUUAUAUCUAUACAGACUAUAAACUUGAUGAAAGUUACACACCAAGUAGAAUUUCCAUUCGUGCUGGAACACAUUUUAAUGAUCUACAGGAAAUUGAAGUGAUAGAAUUAAUAGAACCCAGUGGUUGGGAAAUGAUUCCUAUUAAAGAUCUAGAUGAUAGCCCAAUACGGACUUAUAUGAUACAAAUAGCUAUUCUAAGCAAUCACCAAAAUGGACGUGAUACUCACAUGAGACAGAUAAAGAUUCAAUCUCCAUGUGAGCCAACAAAUUUAGACAUUUCUAAGUUCACUAAAUUUACUACUGUACAGUGCCAGCAAUAUGCAACAAUAAGAUGA